UCGUGACACAAAGCCCUGCUCCCGAACAAUCACUCCGCCGGUCAUGCCCACUUACGUUAACGCUUGAUGUCGAGCCCUCGAGCUUCGAUGGCUGCCAUCGGCUAGGUAUUGACUCGGACCAUGUGUGCGUAUACUCGUUCUGCUCGGAGCAUGAGUUCAUUCUCAUUGCACGGCGAGUGCGGACUCACUGUGCGCAGGACAAGCACCUGCGCGAGGAGCAUGUCUGCGCACUGCACUUGGACGCAUCGCCGUACGAGCACGGCGCACGCACCUCGUCCUGCGUCCUACGAACGCACAUCGUCCAUUGACCGAGCCGAAUGGGAGGAGAUCGCGAACGCGGCAUGCGUUCCGCAUGUCAAGCCGCCCAGAGCGUACGUAUGGCCGACCCUCGUCUAGACCUCCGUCGACGCGCAUCGUGCGUUGGUUGGUGCAGGACGAGGCCCUCCGAGUUCCCCAUCACUUAGACUCAAUCCCGAGCGACGGGCGUGUGUCCCGGACGUUCGUUGAUUGGGUCCCGGAGUGUG